GAAGGAGGAAGCAGUCUGUUUUUUUUUGAAGAACGAAAUGCGUAUUUGUCCGUCUCUGCUAUGAAAGGAAUUCUUAACGCUUGAAGACAGCGCUGACUCUGCACAUUAUCUUUCCAUUACUAUCUGCCCAUCAAGAUUACCAGCCAACCUUGUGCGAGGGCUGAGGGCUUUUCCUGUUUGUGUUUGGCCGUGUCUCGCCCCCCUGUCGAGGGGUGUGUCGGCUCCCAGUAACCCUACACCAUUUACGCGUCGAGGUUACUGUAACUGGCUAAACAGCCUGGACCAGAGUCGCGAGGACUCCCAACUCUUUACUCCCAGGUCACAUGCCAUGUGUUGGCUGUCUGGAUCAAGUUGGCACAUUCCGUCAUGCUUCCGUGGUGUGCGGGACAUCAAGGAUGAGGGACCGAGGUAGCAAACAGGUGCUAGGAGUUGUUCUUCACGUACGUCAAAAAAUCCCCUUCAGAGGAAGCGAGUGGAAGAGAUCCACCCAAACGUUUUAAAUCAGCCAAUCAAGCUGGCUUCUUGGAAUUGGACUCCUCCCUGGCUCACCACCUGAGAGUAGAGAAACACAACCUUGCCUCAGAGACUCCGAGCCUUCAGAGAGACAACAAAUACCAGGUCAGACGAGUGUGCUGGGCUUUGACCAAAAAGACCACCUUUGAAACGGCGCUAAAAACACAACGUUUUGGACGGAACCCUUAGCAGUGUGACAUGUCUUUGACGACAAAGCUGUGAUCUCACCGAACUGAUCGAAGAGAGAGGAUGUGCAAGAGUGGACCUUAAGGACGGUUUAGGUUUUAUGUGACAUCAUUCCAGGACCAGUUUUUCAUUAAUACAUAAUGUGGGAAUCUCUCAGCUUUUGACUGAAGACUGCCGGAAAAGGGACCGGCGGAACAAUGAUGUCUUUGCAGGAUUUCGGAAGCAUCGCCAGCCUGGGGGCCGAAAGCUGUACGUCGGACUAUGGCGACAGCCUCUCGCUGAGCCAAAGCCAGGACCAGGAUUUGGACAAUUGGCACCCAGGCCAGGAUGGGAUGGUCAUGGAGCACCUCGCCUCCGUGCCUUUAAACAUGUACGAUCGCAGUGACUUCAUUGGGAGAUUUUCUAAGUUCCAGUCCAGGUCCAGGAAGAGGACGAGGAUCCUCAGAGCCUCUCCGGUGGGCCUGAAGCCGCCCGCCCCGCCCGUCUCCGGAAGCCUGGGAGAGAGGAAAGCUCCCGUCACCAUGGCGCCCGUCAACGUGGACCCCGAGAGCAAGCCGGGCGAGUUUGUGUUGAAGAGCUUGUUCGCCAACUUCACCCUUCUGUCCGAGCGCAAGAUCCGCAUCAUCAUGGCGGAGCCGCUGGAGAAGCCGCUCAACAAGUCUCUGCAGAGAAGCGAGGACCCACAGUUUGACCAGCUGAUCAACACCAUGAGCUCCCUGGCAGAGUACUGCCUGCCCUCCAUCCUCAGGACUCUCUUCGACUGGUACAAGAGGCAGAACGGCCUGGAGGACGAGUCCCACGAGUAUCGACCCAGAGCCAACACCAAGUCGAAAAACGACGAGCAGCAGAAGGACUACCUCCUGGAGCGCAGGGACUUGGCCAUAGACUUCAUCUUCUCCCUGGUACUGAUAGAGGUCUUGAAGCAGAUCCCCCUGCAUCCCCUCCUGGAUGGACUCAUCCAAGAAGUCAUUAACUUGGCUUUCAAGCACUUCAAGUAUAAGGAGGGCUAUCUGGGACCCAACACUGGCAACAUGCACAUGGUGGCGGACCUCUACGCUGAAGUGGUGGGAGUGGUGGCUCAGUCCAGGUUCCCUGCUGUGAGGAAGAAGUUCAUCUCCGAGCUGAAAGAGCUGAGACAGAAGGAGCAGAGCCCCUACGUCCUCCAGUCCACCAUAAGCCUCAUCAUGGGCCUGAAGUUCUUCCGCAUCAAAAUGUACCCCGUGGAGGACUUUGAGGCCUCCUUCCAGUUCAUGCAGGAGUGUGCACAGUAUUUCCUGGAGGUGAAGGACAAAGACAUUAAACACUCGCUGGCCGGACUUUUUGUGGAGAUUCUCGUACCCGUCGCUGCCACUGUGAAGAACGAGGUGAACGUGCCGUGCCUGCGCAACUUUGUGGAGAGUUUGUACGACACCACGUUGGACCUGUCCUCCAGGAAGAAGCACUCCCUGGCCUUGUACCCCCUGGUGACGUGUCUGCUGUGCGUCAGCCAGAAGCAGCUCUUCCUCAGCCGCUGGCACGUUUUCCUCAACAACUGCCUGUCCAACCUCAAGAACAGAGACCCCAAGAUGGCCCGUGUGGCUCUGGAGUCUCUCUACCGCCUCCUGUGGGUCUACAUGAUCCGGAUCAAGUGUGAAAGCAACACUGCAACACAAAGUCGCCUGACGUCCAUCACCUCCACUCUCUUCCCUAAAGGAAGCCGCAGCGUGGUCCCCAGAGACAUGCCGCUCAACAUCUUUGUCAAGAUCAUCCAGUUCAUCGCGCAGGAGAGGCUGGACUUUGCCAUGAAGGAGAUCAUAUUUGACCUGCUCAGUGUUGGCAAGCCCGCCAAAGCCUUCAGCCUCAACCCAGAGCGUAUGAACAUCGGCCUGCGAGCCUUCCUGGUGAUAGCCGACGCUCUGCAGCAGAAAGAUGGAGAACCUCCCAUGCCCAACACGGGAGCCACCCUGCCCUCGGGGAACUCCCUGAAAAAGAAGAAAACCUACCUCAGCAAGACCCUCACAGAGGAGGAGGCCAAGCUCAUAGGCAUGUCCUUGUACUACUCGCAGGUGAGGAAGGCCCUGGACAGCAUCCUCAGACACCUGGACAAGGAGGUGGGCCGCUGCAUGAUGCUCACCAGCGCCCAGAUGCUCAACAAAGAACCCGAGGACAUGAUCACCGGCGAAAGGAAGCCGAAAAUCGACCUGUUCCGGACGUGUGUCGCCGCCGUGCCCCGCAUCCUCCCUGACGGAAUGUCCAAACCCGAGCUCAUCGACCUCCUCUCACGACUCACGGUGCACAUGGACGACGAGCUGCGGCUCAUCUCCCAGAACUCCCUUCAGAGCCUGCUACUGGACUUCUCCGACUGGAGGGAGGACGUCCUCUUCGGCUACACGCACUUCCUCUUACGCGAGGUCCAAGACACCCAGCAGGGUCUUCAGGACGCGUCCGUCAAGCUCCUGCUGCAGCUGCUCACCCAGUGGAGGUUAGCGCUGCAGCUGCAGGGCAAGAUGCGAGGCGGCGUCGAGGUCGGUCAAAGACACCACUCCUUUUUUUUUUGUUGCUGGGUCAUUGUUCACCCGCUGCGGUCCCUUCCUCUCACUCAGGCCAGCCCCAGGAUGUCCGAGCGAAGCCCGCACUGCUCCGUGCUCCACGCCGUGGAGGGCCUGGCCUUGCUGCUCCUCUGCUCCUGUCAGAUCAGCACCAGGAAGCUGGCGGUGGGCGUGCUCCGGGAGAUACGCUGCCUCUUCACCGCGCUCGGACACGCCGAGGAUGACGACAAACCCAUGAUCGAGGUCAUGGACCAGCUGAGUCCAGCAGUGAUGGACAGCUUCGUUCACGUGGCCGUAUCUGACUCGUCCACUUUACCCAUGAACCACCACGUGGACCUCCAGUGGCUGGUGGAGUGGUCGGCACGCCUGGUGAGCAGCUCCUACGACGUGAAGAGCCCCAGCCACGUGUGGAUCUUCGCCCAGUGCCUGAAGGACCCCUGGGUGCUGUGCCUGCACAUCUUCCUCAGGCAGGAGCACCUGCCCAAACACUGCCCCGUCGCCCUGGGAUACGCCUGGCCCUACGCCUUCACCCGGGUGCAGCUGCUUCUGCCGCUGGUGGACCCCAACAGCCCGGUGAACGCCAAGAAGACCAGCUCCAGCGACAACUCCAUGUCCCUGUGGAGGAACUACCUGAUCUUGUGUCUGGGCGUGGCCAAGCCCAGCAUCAUGUCGCCGGGACACCUGCGGGCGUCCACACCCGAGAUCACGGCCACCACGCCGGACGGCAGCGUCACCUACGACAACAAGGUGAUCGGCACGCCCUCAGUCGCCUGGCUGCUAAAGCAACUGGUUCCACUCAUGAGAGCAGAGAGUCUGGAGAUCACCGAGUCUUUGGUGUUGGGCUUCGGGUGCACAAACGCUCUGGUCUUCAGAGAGCUCAUGGAGGAACUCCAUCCACUCAUGAAGGAGGCGCUGGAACGUCGACCCGAGAACAAGAAGCGCAGGGAGAGGAGGGAUCUUCUCCGACUGCAGCUGCUGAGGAUCUUUGAACUGUUGGCCAACGCUGGAGUCAUCAGUGACAGCACCAACGGAGCUCUGGAGCGUGACUCCCUCGCCCUGGGGGCCUUGUUCCUGGAGUACGUGGACCUGACCCGCAUGCUCCUGGAGGCUGAGAACGAGAAGGAAAUGGACGUGCUCAAAGACAUCCGAGCCCACUUCAGCGGCAUGGUGGCCAAUCUCAUCCAGUGCGUGCCUGUGCAGCACAGGCGCUUCCUCUUCCCACAGCAGUCCCUUCGCCACCACCUCUUCAUCCUCUUCAGCCAGUGGGCCGGACCCUUCAGCGUCAUGUUCACGCCCCUGGACCGCUACAGCGACCGCAACCACCAGAUCACCCGCUACCAGUACUGCGCUCUCAAGGCCAUGUCUGCCGUGCUCUGUUGUGGUCCGGUCUUUGACAACGUGGGUCUCUCCACCGACGGCUACCUGUACAAGUGGCUGGACAACAUCUUGGCAUGCCACGACAAACGGGUGCACCGUCUGGGUUGCGAGGUGGUGAUCCUGCUCUUGGAGUUGAACCCCGACCAGAGCAACCUGUUCAACUGGGCCGUGGACCGCUGCUUCACCGGUUCCUACCAGCUGGCGUCCGGAUGCUUCAAGGCCAUCGCCACCGUUUGUGGUAACAGGAAUUACCCAUGUGACCUGGUGACCUUGCUCAACCUGGUGCUGUUCAAAGCGUCAGACACCAGCAGGGAAAUCUACGAGAUCUCCAUGCAGCUGAUGCAGGUGCUGGAGUCCAAACUGUGCGCCUACUCCAAGCGCAUGGUGGAGCAGAAGCCCGGUAACAUUCUGUACGGGACGCACGGGCCUCUGCCGCCUCUCUACAGCGUCAACCUGUCCCAGCUCUCCAUCCAGCUGGCCAGCAUGUACCCGGAGCUCACCCUGCCGCUCUUCUCCGAGGUGAGCCAGCGGUUCCCCACCACCCACUCCAACGGCCGGCAGAUCAUGCUCUCCUACCUGCUGCCGUGGCUCAGCAACAUAGAGCUGGUGGACACGGGACUGCUGCCCCCCGCCUCCAGCCCCUGCACGCCGGAGGAGGAGCCUCGCGGCCAGUCUCAGAGUCUGGGGGGCGUGACUCUGAGCCUGAGAGGCAACGGCUGGGGCUCGCUGCAGGCCACCUCGCUGGUGCUCAACAACCUCAUGUUCAUGACGGCCAAGUACGGAGACGAGGUGCCAGGACCCGAGAUUGAGAGCGCGUGGAACGCUCUGGUGUCCAAUGAGCGGUGGAGCAACAACCUGAGGAUCACCCUGCAGUUCCUCAUCAGCUUGUGCGGCGUGAGCAGUGACACCACGCUGCUGCCCUAUAUCAAGAAGGUGGUGAUCUACCUGUGUCGCAACAACACCAUCCAGACCAUGGAGGAGCUCCUUUUCGAGCUGCAGCAGACCGACCCGGUCAACCCGGUGGUGCAGCACUGUGACAACCCUCCCUUCUACCGCUUCGCCGCCAGCAACAAGGCGCCCACUUCGCAGACAGGCACCACCUCCAGCAGCAACACGGUGGUGGUGGGACAGGAGAACCUGGCAGACGCGGAGGAGAACAAACUGGUCAGAGAGAGUGACGAUCGGUCAGUAUUUAUAUUUCUUUCACCCUCCAGGGCACACAACAGGCUGGAAUCUCGCUACAGCAACAGCUCAGGGGGUUCCUAUGAGGAUGAAAAGAGUGACCCUCUCCCACCGUACGCCGCCUGGCUCGUGAGCGUCCUGGAGACCAACCACCCUCAGCCGCUGCCCAUGCCCGUCAACGGGGGCUGCUGGGCGCCCCUGGUGGACUACCUGCCAGAGACCAUCACGCCCAGGGGACCCUUGCACAGGUGCAACAUUGCGGUCAUCUUCAUGACGGAGAUGGUGGUGGAUCACAGCGUGAGAGAAGACUGGGCGUUGCACCUCCCACUGCUGCUCCAUGCUCUCUUCCUGGGUCUGGACCACUACAGACCGGAGGUCUACGAGCACAGCAAGCGCCUCCUGCUGCACCUCCUCAUCACUCUCUCCUGCAACAACAACUUCCAGGUGAUCGCCUCCGUCUUGAUGUUGACCAGAGAGAUCAGCGACAACAAGACCCUCACCAUCAAGUCCGGUUACCAUAGCGACCAUCAGCACUCAAACGUGCCGGACUUCCUGCGGGAGUGGCAGACGUCCCCCGUGGCCGACUCCGGACUCUGCUCCACCUCCAACUCCUCCUCCGCCAGUCUGGGCGGGGGCAGCACGGCGGGCAGCGUGGGGAACCUCCCACUGGUGACGCCUGACGACCUGGAGGACCUGGAGGACACGACCAACGAGACGGACGAGAAGACCAACAAACUCAUCGAGUUCCUGUCCACCAGAGCGCUGGGGCCCCUGUGGGCACACGAGGACAUCACGCCCAAGAACCCCAACUCCAAGAGCACGGAGCAGCUCUCCAGCUUCCUGCGCCAUGUCGUCUCCGUCUUCAAGGAGUCCAAGUCAGACUUCCACCUGGAGCAGCAGCUGAGCGACGUGGCCCUCCAGACGGCGCUCUGCAGCUCCUCGCGUCACUACGCCGGACGCUCCUUCCAGAUGUUCCGAGCCCUCAAGCAGCCCAUCAACAACCACGCCGUGUCCGACCUGGUGUCACGCCUGGUGGAGGUGGUGGGCGAGCACGGGGACGAGGUGCAGGGCUACGUGAUGGAGGUGCUGCUCACGCUGGAGUCGGUGGUGGUCAACCUGGCCGAGUGUCUGAAGAACAGCGACCUCAUGGCGGCGCUCACCAGAACCUCGUCCCCGGACUUUGUGAUGAGCGACAAGCUGAUGAACCGCAAGAGCACGGGCCAGUUGAACUUCCCCGGCCCGGGUUUUGUGGGCCUGUCGUCGCAGCGCCACCAGCGCUCCUACUCCGUGCCCAAGAAGUUUGGCGAGUGCGGCUACCAGUCCAGCGACCCGCCACGCAGCGCCACACUGGACCGCAUACAAGCGUGUAACAGUCACGGUCUGGCCCGGGUGGGGAGGAGCCCCGGGUCCUGCACCUCUUCCACCAAUCGCAUCGACCCCAGCGUGCUGUCUGACCCCGCCCACGUGUCACACCCCUCCUCCAUCCUGGCCACCGUCUUCUGGGUGGCCGUGUCGCUCAUGGAGUCUGACUUUGAGUUUGAGUACCAGAUGUCACUGCGCCUGGUCCACAAGCUGCUGUCCAAGGUCCCUCUGGACCGAGCAGAGAACCGAGAGCGCCUGGAGAAGCUGCAAGCUCAGCUGCGAUGGAGUGGUUUCUCAGGCAUCCAGCAGCUGCUGCUGAAGGGUUUCACCUCCCAGGCCACCUCCGACCUCACCCUGCAGCUCUUCUGCCAGCUCACACCCGUGUCUCGUGUGCCUGUGGUGGACAGCUCCCAGUCCCUGGGUUUCCCUCUCAACGUGCUGUGUCUGCUGCCUCACCUGGUGCAGCACUUUGGACACCCCACACAGUUCUGCAAGGAGAGUGCUGAGCGCAUCGCACAGGUGUGCUUGGUGGAGAAGACCACCAAGCUGUCCCACCUGGCGCACGUGAUGACCCUCUACAAGACGCGCUCCUACACCCGGGACCCCUUCUCCUGGGUGAGCGUGGUGUGCCGCUACCUGCACGAGGCCUUCUGUGACAUCACGCUCAACAUGGUCACCUACAUGGCGGAGCUGCUGGACAAAGGACUUCCCAGCAUGCAACAGUCCCUCCUGCAGAUCAUCUACUGCCUGCUCAGCCACAUGGACCUGGCCGCCGUGCAGGUCAAGCAGUUCAACGCAGACGUCACAAAGACCAUCGAGAAGUUUGUCCAGACCGUGCACUGGAAGGACGCCUUGAACAUCUUGAAGCUGGUGGUGUCGCGCUCUGCCAGCCUGGUGCACCCGCCCUACGGCCAGGCCCAGGGAGACCUGUCCAACCUGGAGGUCAGCCGAGUCUGGGACGGCUCAGCCAAGGCCCUGCCUGGAAAGACCCUGGACUUCACCUUCGACAUCUCAGAGACCCCGGUGAUCGGGCGACGCUUCGACGGCCUCCAGGGUUCUGGCAUCAGAGAGGGGAAGGCCCGAGCCAUGGCGGUGACACGCAGCACAUCAUCCACCUCGUCCGGGUCCAACUCCAACACCAUCCUGGUUCCUGUCAGCUGGAGGCGCCCGCAGUCCUCUCAGAAGCGGACCAGAGAGAAGCUGGUGAACGUUCUCUCCCUGUGUGGACAAGAAGUCGGACUUACCAAGAACCCCUCUGUCAUCUUCUCGUCCUGCGGCGACCUGGAAAUGAUGGAGGUACGCGAGAGCGGCGUGUCGUCGGAGGAGGGCGGGACCAGGGAAGACACCUUGGACGACACCGCCAGCGAGCAGCAGUUCCGGGUCUUCCGAGACUUCGAUUUCCUGGAUGUGGAGCUGGAGGACGGAGAGGGCGAGACCAUGGACAGCUUCAACUGGGGCGUGCGCCGCCGAUCCCUGGACAGCACCGAGCUGGGCGACCUGCUGGAGGAGAGCCAGCACUCGGGCAGCACGCCCAGCCUGGGACACGAAGAUCCCCACGACUCGGAGGAGUCCUCCGAGGAAGAGGAGUCUUCCACCAGCCGGAGCCUGUCGCACUCGCAGCUGACAAAUCCGUCCCCGUCGGACGAGACCAACUCUCUGUCGACGUCGUACGACAUGUCCGCCGACCCUCACUCCUUCAGCGCCACCACUCCAGGCCAGGAGCACCUCCUGCAUGCCAGGACGUGCGUCGACGACGAGGACACGCAGGCUCAGGAUGACGAUCUGUCCCUGAGCGCCCACGAGCUCCCUCCCGGCUCGGACUGCGGCGAGAGCUUCACUCUGGAGUUGCUGGGGCAACCUCAGGGCGGGAUGCCCCGUCUGGACCGCGACUACUGCCAACCUGCUCUGGACUGCCUGGACCCCAACAGUCUUCCCAGCUUGCGCGACGACGUGGACGAUCUGGAGGACCUCGGCUUCCCGCCGCCGCCGUCCCCGUUUUUCUCUGCGAUCUUGGCGGCGUUCCAGCCGGCGGUGUGCGACGACUCCGAGGAGGCGUGGCGGUUUCACAUCAACCAGCUGGUGGCGGACUCGGACGGCUCCUGUGCCGUCUACACCUUCCAAGUCUUCUCGUCCCUCUUCAGGAACAUCCAGGGUAAAUUCUGCACCCUGACGACCGACGUGGCCUCCUACCUCGGCGAGGGCCUCAGGGGCAUCGGCUCCAAGUUCCUCAGGUCCUCACAGAUGCUCACCACCUGCUCAGACUGCCCCACCAUCUACAUCGACGCCGACACCAUCAUGUCUUACGGCCUCUUGGAGAAGAUGAAGUUCAGUGCGCUGGAGCUGCAAGAGUAUCUGGACACCUACAACACCCGGGAGGAGGCGGCUGUCACGUGGCUGCGGAACUGUAAAGACACAUUUCCCAGGUGCCCCGGCGACAGCGUGGUCACCUACCAACCGGGGGACUCUGAGGAGAAGCAAAUGGAGUCUCUUGCACAACUGGAGCUGUGCCAGCGCCUCUACAAGCUGCACUUCCAGCUGCUGCUCCUCUUCCAGUCCUACUGCUCGCUCAUCGGCCAGGUCCACGCCGUCAGCGCCGUACCAGAGCUGCUCAACAUGUCCCGGGAGCUGACGGAGCUGAGGAGCAGCCUGCAGGCGGCGGAGGCGGCGGUGGCCAGCGACCUGGAGCACAAACACCUGGCUCACACCCACGCGCACGCCGCCCAGCUGGCCGCCAUGGUGGUCCCCAGCUUCCCGUCCUCGGAGGCGGCGGUGAAGGCGGUGCUGGAGUGCCUGAGGAACCACGAGUUCACCAAAGCGGUCCGCUACAUCCAAGAGUGCAGGCGGCGCUGGCCCCACGGCGUGUUUGGCGGCGGCUCGGAGAACGAGGUCCACACGCUGCUCAACGUCUACUUCCGCCACCAGACCUUGGGCCAGACCGGCACCAUCGCCCUGGUGGGCUCCCGCCAGGACCUCAGCCUGAUCUGCUCCAAGCUGCUGGAGCUCAACGGGGAGAUCCGCGACAUGAUCCGCCGCGCCCAGGGCUACCGCGUGGUCACCACCUACCUCCCCGACUCCAGCGCCUCCGCCACCAGCCUCUGACGGCAGCCCGCUCCUCACAGGUGGCCUCCGCCGCCGCCAUCCUGUCUCCUCCAACCUUUUCUACACCUUCUUUUCACCCUGACUUCCUCUUCUCGUCACGCCGUCGUCCCUCCAGAGGGCGUUCUCUAUCCACUGUCGCCUCACCGC